CGUCCGGGAUGAGGGUUGCCAGGGCACUGGGGCCGCAGGGCUGGCCCUGGACCGCAGGUGAAGGGAGGGCGGGGGAAUGGGCGUGUGUGCGCACCCACGGGGGUGUGUGCAUGUGUGGGAGAGGGUACAUGCGUGUAGGUGCACUGUCUUGCGUGUGUGCACGCGUGUGCGAUGUCAGCGCCACUGUGGCCGCGGAACUCCAGGCUGGCCUGGCUCCAGUGAGCAGCAGGUCCGGGAGCAGCGGGUUUGCAUUCUGGGGUAGAGAGCUGGGUAUGGUGCCCGAGGGUUCCUUCCUGCAGGUGUGCGCGGGGUGUGGGUACCAUUGUGUGUGUGAGACGGAGGAUGGGCGGCAAGUGCCUGAGGCCCCGGUGUGUGUGAGCUGGAGCGUCUUGCACCCCAAUGUGGGUCCCUGGCCUGGGGAUGGAAUGAGUGCCUGUCGCUGUAAGGAUGCGUUUGACCCCGCCAGUGACGAGUUGCUGCUGGGGUCAUACAGGCACUCUCCACCCCCCCACUGUGCUAGCGCCCCCUUCUGGGCACCCUACUCUUUGUGUGCCCAAGCGUGUCCAGCCUGUGUGUGGCUCACAGUUCGCCUGUGCAGUCUGGGGCCCUGGGUCAGGAGCUCGAGCUGGGGAGGAAGAUGGCCUGCGGAAGGGCUGAGCCCGGACUCCUGGGGCCUUCACGGAGGAGGUGGCUUAGGAGCGCGCGGUUCCCAGGCUCAGGCUUCCCGCUGAUGCCUCGGUGCCGCAGCGGGCUCCCCCCACCCCACCCCCCGCCCAGGAAUGUUCCUCUCCACUCCAGCCGGCCUUCCCAAGGGCAGGCCCCUGGGGGCCGCCACAGCUCCGCCUCCCCUCCCCGGGAGCCCCGGAGGGGGCGAUGCGGGCAGGACGCCUGGGUUCCUCCCCCCUCCCAUCCCAGGGAGAAAUUCCUCCGAGGUCCCCUCAGGCUCUGGGUUCCCAAAAAUAACCCUGCGGGGGAAGGGAGGCUGUGGAGGGAGGGAAGCGGGAGGGGCGCAGAGCCGAGCUGCGGGGUGCUGCAGGUGCCGCUGGGGAGAGGACGCGAGGAGAGAAGGGCCUACGGGGGCUGGGGCACCAACCAGCCCCCAGAGUCCUGGCUCGUCCUCAUCCCCGGGGAGUCCCUGGGCCCUCCCGCAACUCCGAGGGAGGGCCGGAAGCCUCUCGGCGGGUCCGUUUCCCAACUGGUGGGUUGCACCAUCCUGGGACGGACCGUUUAACCCCGGAGUGGCCGCAGCGACCGACUCCGGCCCUGCCCAGCAGGGGGCGUGCCCGCCCCGCCCCGGUCCUGCCCUCCGGGCCGCUCCCCCGGCCGGCGCCUCCGCAGACUCCCGCUCUGCCUCUCCCGGGACAGGGGUCGGCUCCGAGCCCCGUGGGAGGCUCCCGGAGCGCAGCUCGGCCCAGCCUACCCGCGCCGGCGGCCAUGGCGGGCACCCUAGACCUGGACAAGGGCUGCACGGUGGAGGAGCUGCUCCGCGGCUGCAUCGAAGCCUUCGAUGACUGCGGGAAGGUGCGGGAACCAGAGCUGGUGCGCAUGUUCCUCAUGAUGCAUUCCUGGUACAUCCCUUCCUCUCAGCUGGCAGCAAAACUGCUCCACAUCUACCAACAAUCCCGGAAGGACAACUCCAAUUCGCUGCAGGUGAAGACAUGCCACCUGGUCAGGUACUGGAUCUCAGCAUUCCCAGCGGAGUUUGACUUGAACCCGGAGCUCGCCAAGCAGAUCAAGGAGCUGAAGGCUCUGUUGGACCAAGAAGGGAACCGCCGGCACAGCAGCCUCAUCGACAUCGACAGCGUCCCCACCUACCAGUGGAAGCGGCAGGUGACCCAGCGGAACCCCAUGGGACAGAAGAAGCGCAAGAUGUCCCUGUUGUUUGACCACCUGGAGCCCAUGGAGCUGGCGGGGCAUCUUACUUUCUUGGAGUAUCGCUCCUUCUGCAAGAUUCUGUUCCAGGACUACCACAGUUUCGUGACUCACGGCUGCACGGUGGACAACCCCAUCCUGGAGCGAUUCAUCUCCCUCUUCAACAGUGUCUCGCAGUGGGUGCAGCUCAUGAUUCUCAGCAAGCCCACAGCCCCGCAGCGGGCCGCGGUCAUCACACACUUUGUCCACGUGGCAGAGAAGCUGCUGGAGCUGCAGAACUUCAACACGCUGAUGGCAGUGGUCGGGGGCCUGAGCCACAGCUCCAUCUCCCGCCUCAAGGAGACCCACAGCCACGUGAGCCCGGAGACCAUCAAGCUCUGGGAACGUCUGACAGAACUAGUGACGGCCACUGGAAAUUAUGGCAACUACCGGCGCCGGCUGGCAUCCUGUCGGGGCUUCUGUUUCCCCAUCCUGGGUGUGCACCUCAAGGACCUGGUGGCCCUGCAGCUGGCAUUGCCUGACUGGCUGGACCCUGCCCGGACCCGACUGAAUGGGGCCAAGAUGAAGCAACUCUUCAACAUCCUGGAGAAGCUGACUAUGGUGACCAGCGUCGAGCCCCCAGUGCAGGCCAACCCGGAUCUGCUGAGCUUGCUCACGGUGUCUCUGGAUCAGUAUCAGACGGAGGAUGAGCUCUACCAGCUGUCCCUGCAGCGGGAGCCGCGCUCCAAGUCGUCGCCAACUAGCCCCACGAGCUGCACCCCACCUCCCCGGCCCCCCGUGCUGGAGGAGUGGACCUCAGCUGCCAAACCCAAGCUGGAUCAGGCGCUUUUGGUGGAGCACAUUGAGAAGAUGGUGGAGUCCGUGUUCCGGAACUUUGACGUCGAUGGGGACGGCCACAUCUCACAGGAGGAGUUCCAGAUCAUCCGUGGGAACUUCCCUUACCUCAGCGCCUUUGGGGACCUCGACCAGAACCAGGACGGCUGUAUCAGUAGGGAGGAGAUGGUCUCCUACUUCAUGCGCUCCAGCUCCGUGCUGGGCGGCCGCAUGGGCUUCGUGCACAACUUCCACGAGAGCAGCUCCUUGCGCCCGGUCGCCUGCCGCCACUGCAAGACCCUGAUCCUGGGCAUCUACAAGCAGGGCCUCAAAUGCCGAGCCUGUGGUGUGAACUGCCACAAGCAGUGCAAGGAUCGCCUGUCAGUCGAGUGUCGGCGCCGGGCCCAGAGUGUGUGUCUGGAGGGGUCUGCACAUUCACCCUCACCCACACCCACCCACCACCGCGCUUUCAGCUUCUCCCUGCCGCGCCCAGGCAGGCGAGGCUCCCGGCCUCCAGAGAUCCGCGAGGAGGAGGUGCAGACGGUGGAGGAUGGCGUCUUUGACAUCCACUUGUAAUUGACCUGUGACUGGAUCAAACUCUCGUGCCUGCCUUGGAGAAAAGACUCGCGACCAGAGCAGGGAGCCUGGGGUGCUGGGGCAGGGGGCGGGUGUCAGGGUGGCAUGCGGCUGAGGGCAGGGCCAGGGCUGGUGUCCCUAAGGUUGUACAGACUCUUGUGAAUAUUUGUAUUUUCCAGAUGGAAUAAAAAGGCCCGUGUAAUUAA